AUGAAGAGAGUAUCGGAAGAACUUGGUGUACCAAAGAAGCACCUGAAAGAAACUUCUAAACAACAGCGUUAUUUGGCUGUUGUUCACAAAUCUUGGCUGAAGUCACUAAUCAAGCACUUGAAGCUUAUAGAUUUUAUAGAAAAGUCUGGGGAAAUAUGGCCUUCUCCUGAAGAGGAAAUCAGUUCAUCUUGGAUGAAAAUAUUCAUUACUGUUAUAAACAAGAAAAACUGCAAAGUCAUACCUCUACCUAGAAUACGACCAGUUAGAGAUGAAGAGCCCUUUUUAUUUCCACAACUAAUGCAAUAUAUAGCACACACCAAUCAUGUUGGGUUAUGGAAAGAAGCAUACAAAAAGUAUUAUGCCUCCAAGCAAAACAAAGAAACAUUAUUGAAUCUGACUGACUAUAACAAAGUAUUGAGAGAUGUGAUUUCUAGGAUAUACGGGUGCCCCAUAAUCAAUACCUGUGAUCCCAAUGCCAGCACAGAAAACUCCAAACAAAUUGAUAUGCAUUUGAAUAUAAUGCCUGUAGUGUGUGCUGUAGAAACUACUGGGGCUAUGUUUCUCCUACAUGUACCCUAUUUAGAAUAUAACUUGAAUGACUGUGUAACUUUCUCACCAGCAAUUCUAGACAACAGUUACACUAAAUCCUUGUUUAUUGUUUACCAGUUAUUGAAUGUGCUGAAGGAUUUACAUGAGAGAUCAUUGACUUUAGGUGAUAUCAGUUUGAAUGAUAUUUUUGCUAAUGAGGAUAUGUGGCUUUACAUUUUUCCCCAGAUUGAGUCUAAUCUUUAUGAGGAAGGUGAUAUAAAAGCUAGGAAGGGCUUCAGUACUAUCCGGGACUGUCAACGAAUGGGUCAUGUGAUAAAUCACAAGCUUGAAUGUGAAUACUGUGGAUUACAGGCUCAUGAUAAAGUUAAAGUUGAUGAGCAGACUCUGGAAGAGUUGUGUCAUUUGUGGAUUUUUGGCCAAAUAUCUAACUUCACCUAUGUUUCAGCUCUGAACGAGCUGAGUGGCAGAGUUUUGGGGGAUCCAAAUUGCCAUUAUGUCUUUCCUUGGGUGACUGAUUUUUCUUCUAGGUGCGGAAAGAACUGGCGCGACCUGAAGAAAUCCAAGUACAGGCUCAACAAGGGCGACCAUCAGCUGGACCUGACCUACGGCAACAGCCAAUCGCAGGUGCCGCAUCACGUUUCGGACGUGCUGUCCCCCAUCACCUACUAUGUUUAUACGGCGAGAAGAACUCCCAAAUCGGUGCUGUGCAAAAACGUGCGGACAGUUUGGGUACCAGCAGAAUAUCCUAGUUCUAUACAGAGGAUACAGGAAUGGACACCGGACGAGUGCAUACCGGAGUUUUACACCAAUCCGAACAUUUUCCGGAGUAUCCACGACGAUAUGGACGAUCUGAGCGUCCCUUCGUGGGCAUCUGGACCGGAAGAUUUCGUCGAGAGGCAUAGGAAAGCGUUGGAAAGCCCUAUCGUGUCGGAAAAAUUGCAUCACUGGAUCGACCUCACCUUCGGUUACAAGUAA